AUGCCAGCUUCACAAGGAAGAGUGAGAGGCUCUGGCCACAACAUCUCUGGUCAAUUUGUCGUUGACGGCAUCUGGCACAAUCUCAACUUAUACGUUACUGGUGAACCUCUUCCAGACUUCAACGUCUACAAUGCCAGGUUGACCUACGAGUCGCCCAGAGAAUUAAGGGGCCGCGAGAUGCUUCAGCCUAGCUCACGGGUUGGAGGAUCCGACAUUUCUUUGACUCUGGCGGGUCCUUCGGGUACUCAAUCUAUUACCGGUCAGGUUGAACCGCCACUGCCAGAAGAUUUUCAAAUCUCUGGGCAGGGAGCGUGGGGAGUCUAUAAAGAUGACGAUGACGACUAA